GAGUUUAUGCGUCUCCGCUUCGCUCCUCCUCCUCCUCCAGUUUGCCAUCUGUAUUCGGAAUCCUCAUCGCGUCUGCAGGUUGAAGAAACGCAACAGGUUAUAAGUGCGUUAAUGAAUCUGAGAGUGUUCUUUAGUGGGCGAAAUGUGGGAACAAAAUAACUAAUUAUACCAGCGAUAACGUUUCAGUCAUCACCUAUUUGGAUUGGCUCAUUUAUUUGCGUGAAACUCUGCGCGAAAGUUCAUCAUGGUUUCAUUGCUGGAUUUAAGCGCUCUUGUUCUGUUGCUCGUGUGGGGAUACUGCGUCCUGGCAGACACGGUCUUUACAAACUUUACUCUGGACAACGAGGUCCACUCUAGUUUCAUCCACCGGCGCUUGAAGAGCCAGGAGCGCCGAGAGAUGCAGCGGGAGAUCCUGUCAAUCCUCGGGUUACCGCACCGGCCGCGGCCGCACCUCCACGGCAAGCACAACGCCGCGCCGAUGUUCAUGCUGGAUCUGUACAAUGCCAUGUCCACUGAGGGAGACGAUGAGGGCUUCUCGUACCCGUACAAGCCCGUUUUCACCACUCAGGGACCGCCAAUCGCGACUCUUCAGGACAACAACUUUCUGAACGACGCGGACAUGGUCAUGAGUUUUGUUAAUCUAGUUGAACAUGAUAAGGAGUUUUUGCCCGUGAGGCGCCAUCACAGAGAAUUCCGAUUUGACCUGUCCAAGAUUCCUGAGGGUGAGGCGGUGACUGCUGCAGAGUUCCGGAUCUACAAGGACUUUGUUCCAGAACGCUUUGACAAUGAGACCUUCCGCAUCAGCGUCUACCAGGUGCUGGAAGAACACUCAGACAGGGAUUCAGAUUUGUUCCUGCUGGACUCACGGGUGAUCUGGGCAGCAGAAGAGGGCUGGUUGGUGUUCGACAUCACAGCCACCAGUAACCACUGGGUGCUGAACCCGGGCCGGAAUCUGGGCCUGCAGCUGGCUCUGGAAAGUUUGGAUGGCCAGAGUGUGAAUCCAUGGGUGGCUGGGCUGGUGGGCCGCAGCGGCCCUCAGAGCAAACAGCCCUUCAUGGUGGCCUUCUUCAAAGCUACGGAGGUCCACAUCCGGAGCAUCCGCUCUGCACAGGGCGGCAACAAGCAGCGCAAUCCCAACCGCUCGAAAACCACCAAGGGCCAGGAGGCACUGCGUGUAGCCAAUAUUGCAGAGAACAGCAGUGCUGAUCAGAAGCAGGCCUGUAAGAAACAUGAGCUGUACGUUAGUUUUCGAGACCUUGGAUGGCAGGAUUGGAUUAUAGCUCCGGAGGGUUACGCUGCUUAUUACUGUAUGGGAGAAUGUGCCUUUCCUCUCAAUUCCUACAUGAACGCCACAAACCACGCCAUCGUACAGACAUUGGUUCACUUCAUCAACCCCGAAACGGUUCCAAAACCCUGUUGCGCCCCUACACAGCUCCAUGCCAUCUCCGUCCUGUAUUUUGAUGAUAGCUCCAAUGUCAUCCUGAAGAAAUACCGCAACAUGGUGGUCAGAGCGUGUGGCUGCCACUAGAGUCCUAUCACACACACAUACACACAUACAGUAUAGACAAUACACACACAGUCACACAUCUGACUGCUCUUCAUUUGCUUAUUAAAAAAAAGAGUGCUCAAGGUCAACGUCCUAAAAACCAUACGAAGAUCUCAGGCCAAUUCCAGGAUUUCUUUUACCAUGGACAAUGUGCAAAAUUGUCUUAUAUGUACAACAAUGUUUUAAAUAUGGCAAAAAAAGGAAAGGAAAGACACAAACACCAACAUUUGUAUGCACACAUAUACAUGCUCACAUGUACACACUUUUAUAUGAUACUUGUGCUUUCUACUGUGUAAAUAGUUUUUCAACAAAAGAAACAAAAGUGUAUUUAUUUUCCUGGUCUUCCAACAUGGAGUCUAAACAUC